ACUGGAUGACGUCACGGUAAAUGGGCACGUGACUGGCAGGAGUCGAAAACAGGAAGUGUGCGUUUUCUCUGUCGCUUAAGAAAAUUGUGUAAGGUUUAAAUUUGCAGAAUGUGACAAUCAAGUAUUUCCAGCAAUAAUUGUACUCCACUAGUGUUUUAUUUCACCUUGUUUGACGUGUUUGACUCGGGAACCUGAUCCUUUGUUUGACUGAAGAAAGAAUGGGGUCUGCGGUGGAGAGAACAGAUGAACAUGUGAGAGAGUAUUUGAUAUAUCGGGGAUUCACCAACACACUGAAACAUCUGGACAGUGAGAUGAAAGUCGACAAGGAGAAAGGCUUCAGGGUGGACAAGAUCAUCGAUCAGCUGCUGCAGUUCAUCCAAAGCUUUGACCUGACGGGUCUGAAGGACUACUGGCUCUAUUUGGACAGACGUCUUUUCUGCAGACUGGAGGAUGUUUAUCGAUCCACCGUGAACAAACUAAGAGCUAGCCUGUAUAGAUACUAUGUCAUCAACACCAUCCAGAAAGGGAACUUGGAGAAGACUCAGGAGUUUUUCCAGAAGCAGGCUUUGGAGCUGCAGGGUCAGCUUGAGUGGCGUGAUUGGUUUAUUCUGCCGUAUAUCCCUGCACCUGAACACAACUCGGCCUUCGCUCCGUAUUUCUCCCGCCAGUGGUCUGACACAUUCUUGGUUUCAUUGCACAACUUCCUGUCUGUGCUCUUCCAGUCUAUGCCCCAACCGGUGCUGCUGAGUUUUGAUGCUGAAGUCCAGAAGACAACAAGUGUCCUGGAGGAGAAUGAGCAGCUGCGUCAACUGCUGUUCGCCCUGCAGACAGACGGUCGAGACCAAAAGAAUGGAGACGAGGUGGUCCAUCACAAGCUGCCGGCAUAUGUACAGAAUAUGGACCGUCUGGGAGACACUGAGCUGGACUUGGUGUCAAGCCAGCGAGCUGUCAGUGCUGCCAGCACAUCGUCCAGAAACUUCUUCUCCACAUUGCUCCCACAAGGCCGGCGCACUCCUGCAGUAAAAACAAAGCAGCUCACAUCGGCGUCUUCCCCGAGCCAAGCGGUCGUCGGCAGAAAGGACCAAACAAGCAGUCAGCCUUCGAAGACCAAAGACGCUGAAAGGAAUGCCAAAGAGAAACCAUUCUCCAGUCAGACAUCCAGCAAUGAAGCGUCCAUCCAGCAGACCAACCAACCUUUUCAUUCACGCCAUAAGAGAAUCCAGGCACAUGAAAAAGAGAGGAAGGAGCUCUUCUUUAAACCAACACCACAGCUACAAGAGAAGAAGGGGGAGGGAGGAGAGCUGGAGCCUUCGAAUGAGAACUGUGGUGAAGCUUCCGACUCCUUCAGCAGCAGUAGGAGUGGAGGAAGGCUGUCCGCAGAACAGCCUUUUAUCAAACUCAGCCAGGAAGAAUAUGGAGAACAUCAUUCCUCCAUCAUGCAUUGCAGAGUGGAUUGUUCUGGUCGCCGGGUGGCCAGUUUGGAUGUAGAUGGUGUUAUUAAGGUGUGGUCCUUCAAUCCUGUCAUGCAGACCAACGCCACCAUCAUGUCCAAGUCACCUCUAUUGUCACUAGAGUGGGCCACCAAACCAGAUAGACUGUUGUUACUGGGCAGCGGUGUGGGGACGGUGCGGCUGUACGAUACAGACGCCAAGAAGAACCUUUAUGAGAUGAGCAUUGAUGAAACUCAUCCACGUAUCUUGUCCUUAGCCUACAGUCCCAGCGGUUCGUCCUUUGUCUGUUCAGCUGCAGCUCUCAAUGGAAAUGGACUUGUUGAACCUGCUGUCCGUCAUCACAAACCGGUGUCUGGACAGCUCCUGCUGUGGGACACUAAGACAGUCAAACAACAGGUCCAGUUGACAUUAGAACCAGAACCAGUAGCUAUAAACUGCACCGCCUUCAACCACAAUGGAAACCUGUUAGUGACCGGAGCUGCUGAUGGAGUUAUUCGACUCUUUGACAUGCAGCAGUAUGAGAGCGCUAUGAGCUGGAAAGCUCAUGAUGGGGAAGUUCACAGUGUGGAGUUCAGCUGCGAUGAAAACACCGUCUUUAGCAUCGGCGAAGAUGGCAAGUUUGUGCAGUGGAACAUCCAUCGCUGUGGAGUCAAGCAGUUGGAGCAGACCUUGCCUCAGGAUGCCACUGGACCUUUUGUGCUGUCAGGCUACAGUGGAUACAAGCAGGUUCAAGUUCCCCGAGGUCAUCUCUUCGCCUUCGACUCAGAAGGACAACACGUCCUCACCUGUUCCAGCUCUGGAGGACUCAUUUACAAUCUGACCAAUGGAGAAGAAGCACUGAAGAGCGUGUUGUCGCUGGGUGGACACAAAGCACCGGUGGUGACAGUCGAUUGGUGCUCGGCCUUGGACUGCGGCACUUGCCUCACCGCCUCCAUGGAUGGAAAGAUUAAACUCAGUACCAUCCUGGCACAGAAGUCUUGAUUUCAUCUUCACUUAACAAGAUGAAUAGUAGUUUAUUGACUGAAUAGUCCACAUUCUAUCAUGUCAUGUCAGUACUGCAGCAUUAUGUAUCAUUUUUUUUUUGUACAUUUCAAAAAGUAUUUCUUCUUACAGAUGAUACGAGCAUUAAAUUGUUUUUGUGUAUGGAU